AUGGAGGUAUCUCUCUGCGAGGUUAUGCACCUGCAUUUGAGGAAGGCACAAAGUCUAUUGUGUGAUAUGCAACUGUCAAAUGAGAAGAACAAUCAUGAUGAUGAGUUUGAACGUGAAAGUAAUGGUUACAGUGAAAAGGCUGAAGCCAGACAAGGCCAAGAUGACGAUUCAUAUGUUGCAAAUGACAAAUAUAAUGGAUACAAUUACGAUGAUGAAUGCAAUUAUGAUAAGGAAUGCGAUUUUGAAGAAUUGACUUAA